GUACCAGCGCUAUUCGAGUCUUGAAAGGCACAUACUUUAUGGAAAGUGCGAGCUCGUAGAAGAAAAGCGUAACCUCUUAGACAGAGCAAAGCUACUAUAUAGGGAAAAGCUAUUAGAAGGCGCUUCUACCGUCCCAUCCAUGUCAACCAACACAGCAACUAUUUCUAAAUCAAACUCCGGUGCUCCGCAAGGAUGGGCUCUGAAGAGAGGUAAGCAAGCUAAACGAUUUAGCGAAAAACAGAAAGAAUACCUAGACAGGAAAUUUGACAUUGGGCAAAAGACUGGUCACAAAAUUGACGGAGCAACGGUGUCUCGUGACAUKAGGUAWGCAAAGAAUGGAAAUGGAAGCAGGUUAUUUGYUGCGGAAGAAUUUUUAACUGCACAGCAGAUUAACUCAUACUUCUCRAGAAUGGCGUCGAAGCUUAGAAACGCAACAACACCUGCAAGUGAGGCGCCAGCCACUGACGAAGAACAAGCGGUUGAAUAUGACUUGGCGGCCGAGGACGAGAAUGCCUUUUACUCAACUCGUCAACAAAUAUUAGAUGAGUGCCAGUUGUCUCAUCCWAUGGUAUAUGAUAGUUACAACAUUUGCGAAUUGACCCAUUACGAUAAUCUCAAGAAGAAAUUUAACAUAGCAAUGCUUCGCUCUAUUUGUGAACAUUUCGACUUGGAUUGCAGCAACAUCACUGGCCACCGCAAGGAUCCGUACAUAAAAUUGAUAAAUGAAGCGGUAGGAAUGUGCASGUGUUCCAUUGAGACACAAUAAUUAAGUAAUAGUACGGACAGUUAAAAACAGUUAUGGUGAAAGGAAGACUAACUUAGUUUACAACGGCAUCAAGUUUUUAUUCAAGAAUAUCAUCACGUUCAAUUACUUCAAUUGAAUACUUUACAAAAAUAUUUUAAGAAAACUUGUAGUAAACACGGAGAACACUCGCCCGUCAAGGCGCAACGCAUUCAGCAAGAGAAAUAUAUGGUACAAUCAGUAACUUGGGCUUCCUGUGUGUCACUUAAUCGAUAACAGUUUGCAG